AUGUUCGUUGCGUUGGUAUUCAUUAGGGUGAAACAGCAUAAAAAUUUGCUUUCGACGUUGAAACUCAUCAGCAGAAUGGCAAAAAUGAUCGAUUUAUAAUUCUCCGUAGGAAUGUUUCACGUGUAUUUUAUAUAUUUAUAACAGAGUAUUUUUAGACAUUUAGUCUUGGCUACGAAUUUCAUACUUCAGUCGUUGGUACAUUUCUACCAGUUGGUUAAUCAAGGUAGAUUUAAACUUGGAUUUAAAAAAAAAAACUUGAGUCUUGUCGAAAUAAUAAAAGUUUAAUUUCGAUCUACGCGAAGAGCCAUUGAAAUACAGUUUUGAUCAAGAUGAAAGGCCAUUUGAAUUUGGUUCUGGUGGAAAAAAUGAAAAGCCAAGAUUUAAUUUUCGGUCGAGGUAGAACGCCAUUUAAAAUCCCAGCUGAAAAUUCAUGAAAAUUUCGUCUCGAAAUAGAAAUACCAUGCAAAUUUAGUUUUUACCGAAAGACGGAGGACUAUUAAAAUUUGGCUCUGCUGAAAACGAUGAGAGUUUAAUUUCCAUCAACGCGACAAACGUGAUUGAAAUUUUCGUAUUCAUCAAGACGGCAGACCGUCGUCAAAAUUCAAAGCUAGAAAGGAAAAAUUCUAAAAAUUUGGAUCGAAGAAAUUUCGAAACGAACCUCUUUAUUUUACACUGAGAAACUGAUCCGCGGAACAGUUCGUGGAUCGAAACAAACGAGAUACACACACACACGAACGCGGCUAAAAACUAUUUCACGCGUCAUUGCCCGGACCACUAUAAUUCGGUGGAUUGUGUAAAAGGAUCGGCGAAUCGUUCGCGUAAUUUCCUUCAUUCCUAGCGAAUCCAGACGAUUGUUCUCACGCUUGAAUAAAAUCGCGCGAGAGGGGGGAGGGGAGGGGAGGGGGGGCAGCACGAAAGUUUCGUAAAGACGAAGUCUCAGCCGUGUCUGACUAAUUACCGUCUUUUCUACUCGCGACAACGCCUUUGAACAACCUCGCUUACUUCCACCUUGUAAACGUUCAUCUUUUUUCCCCUCCUUUUCUUUGCUUCCUUUUCGGUUUUUCAUCUUCUGCGAGCGGUGCUCCUUUCGGCCCUUUUUUUCACGCGAAUUUCGCCAAUUAAGAGGGAUAAUUGAAAGGAGAACGGUUAAUUAAGAAGAAAAACUCGCGAGUUUCUCCAACGAGCUUCCUCGACGUUGCUUCGUUUACACCGGAGUUUCAAUUUCACAGUUCGCGGGACGUGGAAUCGAGAGAUUAUGAAAUUUCAAACGCCGAAAGGGAUUAAUGGAUUAAUGCUCGAGAUCCGUGACUUCGAUUCAUUGAAUUUGAUAAAACUCUUACGUGGAAUUGUCCUCUCGUUCCGUCUCAAAGAUAUUUCGGCGAAAUUCAAACGUCGUGUGAUCCUCAAACCACUUGACUAAUAGUUUUUCAAGUCUGACGCAUGGUCAGUAAAAAAUCUAGUGGAAGAAAGGAAAAAGCUGAAACAGAUCCUACUUUUCUCAUUAUUUUCGUAAAAGUACGAAUUCUCAUAAAAGUCCACAGUUUGGAGAUAAAAUAACGGACAAUAAAGGGGAAGGGGGAGGGUGGGUAAAAUGUAAGAUAAAAUGUCCAACAUCCUUUCAUCUCACUUUGAAAAGAAAAUUCUAUUCCAAUAAAUCAAAGCUUUCACGUCCUCAGACCACGUGACAUCAAACGCUCGAACCGUAUUCGAACCUACCACUUUGGUCACUAAAAGAAACCCAAUACCCCUUCUCCUCUCGCUCGAAGCAAUCCUUUCGCGACAAAUCAAAACUGUCACGCCCCGAAAGCCAGGCGAUACACUGUGAAAACCAAGCAGCCAAGCGAAACCAGCCACCUUCAUCAUUGGUCGAUAAAACCAAAACCCAAUUCCUCUUCCCUCAGCUCCUUUUCUUCGCUCUUCGCCCAUCUUCGAGAUUUCGUGGCCCGACACCACCUAAAUCGUCGCCACGGAAAUUCACGGCGUAAAGCAGAAAACCCUUAACCGUAAUCGACCUUGUACGUGAGCCCUUGUACGUCAGAUCUCGCCAAUUUGCCACGGUUCGUGUAUAUUCGUUACCGCAGUAACGGAUUCCUCUCAAGUAUUCAAAGGCGACGAGUGGUUCGCGACGACGGAAGAAACGCCAGGGGAACUUCUUGUGGGACGGAUCGUGUCCGCAUCGACACGUAGACAACCGUGAAAUCGGUUUGCUUCGUUUCAGGACGAAGGAUCGGUUCAGCUAUCGCUUUGUCUCUCUCUUCUCUAUCUGUAUCUGCUGGAUAAUAACGGUCAGCUUCGGGAACCAGUUGAAUUGUUUAACUGUGUGCUCUACCGGGGACGUUCACGCCCCUCGUUACUGUCUCCAGGGAUCUGCUGACGGUGUUAAGGAGCAACGAUGA